ACGGGCGGAGCCAGAGGAGUAGGCGGGAGGGGCCUUGCUCAGCAGCCCUAGCGACGGCGCGCGGUGGCCCCUCCGCUCUCCCCGCGUCCCUCUGCGAAGCGCACCGCGACAACAACAACAACAGCCGCGACAACAACAAUAACAGCCACGACCACAACAACAACAAUCGCCGCGACAAGAUGCAGGCCGAGGACGCGCGAUAUCUCAAGCGGAAGAUAAAGGGAGGAAACAUCGAUGUGCACCCGACGGAGAAGGCUCUGAUCGUGCACUAUGAGGUGGAGGCCACGAUCCUGGGCGAGUUGGGAGACCCCAUGCUGGGAGAGCGCAAGGAGUGUCAGAAAGUGAUCCGUCUGAAGAGCCUGAACGCAAACACGGACGUGGCGACGCUGGCACGCAAGGUGCUGGAGGAGUGCCGCCUCAUUCCACCCGCGCGGCUGCCCGAGGUGGAGCAGCUGCUGUACUACCUGCAGAACCGCCGCGACGUCUCCUCCGCAGAGAAGGAGAAGGUUUCGAGCAAACCCAAAGACCCACCACCGUUUGAAGGCAGCGAGACGGACGAGGUGGCAAAUCUGAACGAGGUGGACCAGUAUGUGGAGCUGCUGUACGAGGACAUCCCUGAGAAGGUGCGCAGCUCGGCGCUCAUCCUUCAGCUCGCACGCAACCCCGACAACCUGGACGAGCUGCAGCAGAACGAGACGGCGCUGGGCGCGCUGGCUCGCGUGCUGCGAGAGGACUGGAAGAGGAGCGUGGAGCUCUCCACCAACAUCGUCUACAUCUUCUUCUGCUUCUCCAGCUUUUCCCAGUUCCACGGACUCAUAACUCACUACAAGAUCGGAGCACUCUGCAUGACCAUCAUCGACCACGAGCUCAAGCGCUUCCACCUUUGGAAUGAGGAGCUCAACAAGAAACGCAAAGUGGCCGAGGACGACCCGGAGAACGACUCGCUGAGGAAGGACUACGAGAAGAACCUGAAAAAGUACCAGGGGCUGGUGGCCAAGCAGGAGCAGCUGCUCAGGGUUGGGUUCUAUCUGCUGCUAAACCUGGCGGAGGACACCCGCACAGAGCUGAAGAUGCGCAACAAGAACAUCGUCCACAUGCUGGUGCGGGCGCUCGACCGGGACAAUCCAGAGCUGCUCGUCAUCCUCUGCUCCUUCCUCAAGAAGCUCAGCAUCUUCAUCGAAAACAAGAACGACAUGGCCGAGCUAGGCGUGGUGGAGAAGCUGACGCGACUGGUGCCGUGCGCUCACGAGGACCUCCUCAAUAUCACACUGCGUCUGCUCUUCAACCUCUCCUUCGACAGCGGCCUACGGGCCAAGAUGGUGCAGGCCGGACUCCUACCCAAGCUCUCUGACCUCAUCGGCAGCGAGACUCACCGGCAGACCGUGCUGCGGCUGCUGUACCACCUGAGCAUCGAUGACCGCACCAAGGCCACCUUCUCCUUCACGGGCUGCGUGCCGCAGCUGAUGAAGAUGCUGUAUGACUUCCCAGAGGAGCGCGUGGACAGGGAGCUCAUCUCGCUCUGUAUCAACAUCGCGGCCAACAAGAGGAACGCACAGCUCAUCUGCGAGGGGAAUGGCCUGAAGAUGCUGAUGAAGAGGGCGCUGAAGUUCAGGGAUCCAAUGCUGAUGAAGAUGAUUCGUAACAUCUCACAGCACGAUGGGCCCACUAAGCACAUCUUCCUGGACUUUGUGGGGGACCUGGCGGGGCAGGUGCGCUCCAACGGGGAAGAGGAGUUCGUGCUGGAGGUGGUGGGGACCCUGGCCAACCUGACCAUCCCGGACCUGGACUUCGAGCUGCUCGCCACUGAGUACCAGCUGCUGCCCUUCCUACACGAGAAGCUGCGGCCCGGCGGCAGCGCGGAGGACGACAUGGUGCUGGAGGCCGUGAUCCUGACGGGAACCCUGGCCACGGACGACGCGUGCGCCACUCUGCUCGCCAAGGCCGGCAUCGUCCCUCUGCUUAUUGACCUCCUCAAUGCCAAGCAAGAGGACGAUGAGAUGGUGUGCCAGAUCAUUUACGUCUUCCACCAGAUGAUCUUCCACCAGGCCACUCGAGAUGUUAUCGUCAAGGAGACCCAGGCGCCGGCGUACCUCAUCGACCUGAUGCACGACAAGAACGCGGAGAUCCGAAAAGUGUGCGACAGCACCCUGGACAUCAUCGCAGAAUACGACGAGUCGUGGGCGCGCAAGAUCCAGAGCGAGAAGUUCCGGUGGCACAACUCUCAGUGGCUGGAGAUGGUGGAGAACCAGCAGGGGGAUGACGGAGACGGCUUCCCCUACGGAGACACCCCCAUGGAGCCCUACCUGUACGACCGGGCGCCGCUCCUCUACUCCACCGAUGGGUUGCUGGCCCCAGACGGUGCGGUGAGCCCCUCCUACCUGGAAGACUACCGCCUUCCCAAUGGGGACUCUGCCAGCAGUUUGAUGCUGGACGGCCUGGGAAUGCCUGCACGACCCACGACGGCGUACGGUUACCGUGCCGACGAGGGCGCCACCGCCUCCUUUUACUACGGCUACGACGCCAACUAAGGACCGGAGAUUGUUGCUAUAGCGCCCAUCUUGCAGCCUGCAAACACCCGCACACCACUCUCACAACGCCCAGCCAUAGCACCCUGCACACACCUUGCCCAUGUGCUGUGCGUGCCACUGUCCCAACGCCCCCUGCACUUGCAACCUGCACAUACCUUGCACACCACUCUCAGAACACCCUCGCCCAUGGCUUACAGAACCAUGCUUGUUCGAGCUCAUACAUAUGAGGCACCCAAUAGCAUUCACCUGCUCCUAAAUACCUGCGACACAAGCACCCAGGCUUAGGGACCAGGCCCCCACACCUGGUCGUGUUACACGAGCGAGCAUUGAUGUGCAUUCUACUGAGAAGCGGCAUCAUGAUGUCGACCUGUCCGCUCUGCUGUGCGGCAUAUCUCGUGGUAUACAUCCACCAGACAGUCCUGGUUUGGCCGGGACAGUCCAGGAAUUGACAUUUGUGUAUGAGUGGUAGGAAUUUAAUUGUACCGAGAUCUGAUGAUAUGUUGAAAUGUUAUUGCAGCAAACUGCACAUUUUUUUAAUAAUCCACCUAGUGUUGACUGAAACAUAUGUCCAGGUUUGGUCUCCAGUGGAAAAGGUGACAUACCGUGUCACGCUGGGCAGUGUGAGUUGAAGGCGGGGAGCAAAAUAAGUAGCGUACAACGGAUUUCGCUGCACUCAAUUAUCCUCCAUGUAGCCCCGCAGCAGCCUCUAGCAACCUGCUUGCAAGGUGGCCAUCCAUCCAAGCACUAUCCUGGCUCCUGUGAGCUGUUUAAACGGUACUUAACGUCGCGCUGUAGAGUGUACUAGCAAAUGAUUGAGAACACUAACUUAAAUAAAUAUGUAUAUGUCGGUUGUGAAUUAUUAAAGGCGAUUGUAUGAAGUGGAA